UUAGGAUUGAUAAGCUGUCUCAAAUAUUGUGCAAGGCGAUAUUAUCAUGAGUUUCGAAUGAUAUCCACUAACGUGAUAAGGCUCAGUCGUAGAUGAAACUCGCUACAUUUUGGGUUGAUUGUAACUUUAUUUUAAAUAGUCCAUUCAAAGUUAGUUUUCAUACCAACAUACAUUUCGGUUAUAUUUAUUCGUGCGAUUGAUGGAAUGAAAAUAUUUUUACUUAUCUACCCUAUCCUACGGCAUCUUUUCAUCAAUGUCAUUAAUUGUUUGUUUUCAUAAUCAUCGUUGAUCCUAAACUAACUUCAAACUGUGUUGUUUUCGUAGCUCGUUUCUUGUUCAUCUUUGUCAUUGACAUGCUUUUAGGGACAACGCUUUCAUCUUCUGACCUUUCGGGAUUUCAGCUUUUACUUGGGAAUUCACUGGCUGACUUGGAAUAUGCCGAUGACGCUGACUAAAUGCAGUCUUCCAACUUCCUUAAGCAACAAUUUAAUAUGUCAAUACAUGCCGCUGAAGUUGAUGAAGAAGAACCAGGUGAAAUAUCUUCAAAAUGGGCUAAAUUAUUUUCUGUGCAUGAUUCCACUAUACAUGAAUUAACUCAAGACGUAAUCACUAUCGGAUCAUCUGAAGAAUGUUUAAUUGUGAUAAAGGAUGAAAAUGUUUCCAGUUCACAUUGUCUUUUAAUGAAAGAUCCAGACAAUGUGAUUUGGUUAUAUGAUUGUAGUAAAACUGGAACACGUUAUCAUGAUGGAAAAUGGUUACAACAAGAUUUUAUGAAAUUACAUACUGGUGAUUAUUUCUAUCUUACAUGGGAUGAGAUGGAUGUGAACAAACGUAUCGGAUUUUGUAUAUUAUUUAUGAAUGAUUGUACACUUUCACUGUCAUCGGAUGAAUCCGACAAGAAGAUGAUGAUCACUGCAGAACACUCUACAACAACACCAACACAACCACCACCAUUGUUAGAUUCCAUCAAACCAUCCACAUCAACUGAUGAUAGUGAUUUAGAAAAUUGUUUAACUUGUGCCAUUUGUGGUGAUAUUUAUUUUGAAUGUUGUAGUGUUCAACCAUGUCUGCAUAGUUUCUGUACAUUAUGCUGGUUGAAAUGUGAGAAGAAUCAAUGUCCAAUGUGCCGUAAAUCCGUUUCGGCUUAUGCUAAAAAUCAUCAAUUAAAUAAUUUAGUCGAUAUAUUCCUUCGUAAACAUCCAGAAAAGUCAAAAUCUUCAUCGGAACAAAAUGAUAUCAAACAAGAGAUUGAAAGAUUAACACGCUUGCCGCAUCGAACACGUCGAUAUCAUAGUCGAAGUAGAAGAAAUAGAGAGAGAAUUACACUUACUAGUGGAAGUGAUUAUAGUUUAUUGCAUGGUUCUUCUAGUGUGUUUGCUGUUAUUCCAGCUACCAAUACAACAACAACCGCAACAACAACACCGAUACCACCAACUUACAAUUCAGCAACAACCAUGUCCAGUUAUUAUUUACCAAUCAAUUCUGGUUGUGUUAUAUGUUCAUGGUUACCGCCUUCAUAUGACCACCGUCGUGAUAGUCAUAGAAUAAGUACUACUACUACUAGUAGUAGUAGUAGUGAUCGUGGUUCAAGAAUUGAUGAAUGUACAGCGCAUUGUUAUUGUACAUGUUGUAAUAGACCAAUGCCUAGUCGAACAGCAACAACAACAAUUCCUCAACUACAUAGUGGUAUUAAUCAAACAGAAUGUGAAGUAUGCCGACGUACAUUUUGUUCGCUAAUUAAUCCACAAGGAUGUUCAACAUGUGAUGGUUAUUGUUUAUCUUAUGUACAAGAUUUAACAAGAUAUCGUUCAAUACCACGUAAUUUAUUACUGAAUAAUCGUAUUGAAACAAGAAUUUUAGAUGAUUAUCUUCUAUCUCAGGGUAUAUCAAUUCCUACAUUUAUUAAUUAUUGUUUAACAUUUUAUAUGAAUACUACAACCAUUUGUAAUGCUACAACAUCAUGCUUAUUAAAUGCAAAUUCAUUAAUUUGUAAAGAUUGUGGUGAAUUAUUACUUAGUCAAUUGGCGUAUCAAUAUCGUCUAUCCAUUUGUCCAAAUGCAUUACCGACUGAAGUAAUUCUAAAACCGAAUUGUUAUUAUGGACGUUAUUGUCGUUAUCAAAGUUCCAAUUAUUAUCAUGCCAAACGUUUUAAUCAUAUCUGUGAACGUUCAAUUUAAAAACUUGUUGUUCUCUGUGUGUGUGUGUGUGUGUGGUUUAUUCAUAAAUGAAUUAUUUAAUUAAUGAAUUAUUUUAUUUAUCGAUUUAUUGAUCUAUUGAUUUUGAUUGAUUGAUUGAGUUUAUUUUUUUUUGUUUCAUUUAAAUUUUUAAUUUCAAAUUUAGUAAAUAUUAUGAAGAAAGAAUAGUGAUAAUAAUAACUGCUCUAUCACAGUCUACUUUUAUUUUAAAUAAGUAGUAUUGCAGCAGUUUAUAAUAAUAAUAUUGUUA